AUGGGUUCUCAACAGAGUCAACCAAACUCAAUUCAUUGUACUGGACCUACUUUACAAACUAUUCAAGAACAAAACAACAAAAUGUUUAAUAUGCUCGAUAAAAUUAAAACCCAGUUAAUUGAUUUAGAACACAAGCAAAUUGAGAUUAUUAAUAAAAUGGAUCAUUACAUGAAAGAAUUCAACAGUUUCAAAAAUGAUGAAGUUUUUAAGAAAAACAAUAAACAUCAUAAAGAAAAAAAUAACGAUGAAAAGAAACCGAAAAAAAACAAACAACUUAAAUCUCCUAAAAUUAAUGAUAUAUCUCGAGAAGAGUACUUAAAAGAAGUUUUUGGUUUAAACAGUGAGAUCAAUAGUUGUGUUCCUAUUGAAGGUGCUCAGUUAAAUAUUUCUAGAGAGAUUUAUCUCCCAGAUGAAAUGGAAGCAAAUGAAAUUGAUCAGUACAUUGAAAAAAUUCAAAAAAAGACUUUAUGUAAAAGAAGCUAUUCUAAUAAACAAGAGAAAGAAAACAAUGUACAAUAA